AGGGUUUCAGCUUUCAACUACUACAUAUAUUUUCUUUUCCCAAAGGAAUUCACCGUUUUGCUCACACUUCUUCUUCUUCUUCUUCUUUCAUUUCCAAUUGUGUGUGAAGAAACCAUGUCUAAGGGUCCUGGUCUCUACUCUGACAUCGGCAAAAAAGCCAGAGAUCUCUUAUUCAAGGACUACCAAAGUGACCAGAAGUUCACAAUCACCACCUACUCACCCACUGGAGUUGCUAUAACAUCCUCAGGGACCAAGAAAGGUGAGCUUUUUGUGGCUGAUGUUAACACCCAAUUGAAGAACAAGAACAUCACCACCGAUGUCAAAGUGGACACGGAUUCUAAUCUCUUCACAACCAUCACUGUUAAUGAGCCUGCUCCGGGUCUCAAGACUAUUUUUAGCUUCAGAGUUCCUGAUCAAAGGUCUGGAAAGGUGGAAUUUCAGUACUUGCAUGACUAUGCUGGAAUAAGCACCAGCGUUGGAUUAACAGCAAACCCAAUUGUUAACUUCUCUGGUGUUGUAGGAACUAAUGUACUUGCCCUUGGUACUGAUGUUUCUUUUGACACCAAAAUUGGGGAGUUAACAAAAUUCAAUGCUGGAUUGAACUUCACCAAAGAUGAUUUGAUCGCGUCAUUGACUGUAAAUGACAAAGGUGAUGCCCUGAAUGCUUCAUACUACCAUGUAGUCAAUCACUUGACCAACACAGCUGUUGGUGCUGAAGUGACUCAUAGAUUCUCAACCAAUGAGAACACCCUCACACUUGGCACGCAGCAUGCAUUGGAUCCAUUGACCACCGUGAAGGCUCGUGUCAACAACUUUGGCAAGGCAAAUGCUCUGAUUCAGCAUGAGUGGCGUCCCAAAUCAUUCUUCACUGUUUCUGGGGAGGUUGACACCAAGGCCAUUGAGAAGAGUGCAAAGGUUGGAUUAGGUUUGGUUCUGAAACCGUGAGUAAUUUUGAGGCAUUCUGGCAAGGGCUUUGAGGUAGGCAUUAGGAAAGAACAUAGUUGUCUGUCAGACUGAAUUGUUUUUUUGAGGUUGGUUCUCUUGGAUGCAAGUGUUCAUGAUGCUUUGAUUGGAUUUUGAGCAACUCAACGUUGUAUAAAUAAGUAAUAGGUUAUUACUACAAACCAAAUAUUCAUAAAUCCUUACAAGAUUU